CAUCCAUUCUAGAAGAAAAACAAUUUUACCUUGGAGCUUCACUAAUUCAUCUUCUUGGAACAGUUGUAACACUUAAUUUCGGUAAUCACUAAUUACUUACAUCUUCCUCAUUUGGUCGUCAAUUUUGUUAAUGACUUGGGAGAAGUAAUAAUAAUAAAACACGCUUGUAAGAUUGUACUUCCGUUGAAAAGUUGGAAAAUUUGAUGUAUUUGAAGUGAGAACUAUUUGCAAACUAGUUAUUUGCUACACAACAUCCAUUGUUUUCUCAGUAGUGAAUUAAACAGUGUGGAAGUAGUAUGCUCUGCAAUAAUCAGUUAUUGGAAAAACUCAUUCUAAAAUGUAUCAAUGAUAAUCAAACGUUUCGUCUAGAUUCAUUUUGUAGAGUUUUGAAUACUGUGUGGAUUUGAGAAAAGAAGAUGAAACUGUCCAGUAGCGAUAUUUGUUGGAGAAUAGAUUGAGUUACAGAGCUCCUCUUGGGACAAGUCUAGAUUUAGCCAAGAUUGGAAGAGGAAAUUAUAGACAAUCAUUCAAUUGCGGUUCUUCACAUGUGUUCUCCUCUGCUGAUUUCUGUGCCGUUCUGUGAAAAUGCUGUGGGGUAAAAGCCGUCAGUUUUGCGAGAGGAUUUUUCCGAUAUUGGGAUGGAGCAGGGAUUACAAUGUGGACAAGGGCGUCUCUGAUCUGCUCACGGGUAUAACUGUGGGGAUGACGCUGAUCCCACAAAGUAUGGCUUAUGCUUCUUUGGCGGAAUUGGGGCCUGAGUAUGGACUAUAUUCUUCCAUAUGUGGUGGCUUCGUGUACCUAUUCUUCGGAACUGUUUCUGAGCUGCACAUAGCACCAACAGCUUUGCUGUCGCUGUUCACCUACUCACAUACCUUGCACACCACAUUCGGAAAACACAAUGCUGUAGUUCUCUUAUGUUUACUUUCUGGCAUAGUAGAGCUUUUAUGUGGAAUAUUACAUCUAGGUUUUUUGGUCGAUUUCGUUUCUACUCCAGUGGUGGCAGCUUUCACAUCUGCAGGAGCUAUUACUAUAGCGACUUCACAGGUGAAAAACCUUCUAGGUAUCAAUUUUUCUGCAGAGACUUUUCUAAGCUGCUGGUAUGAAAUUUUCGAGCAUAUUCACGAAACCAAGAAGUGGGAUGCUAUUUUGGGAACGUCUUGUUUUAUUGUACUUCUUGGAUUGAGGAAAUUGAAGGAUUUCGGAGAACCACCCUUAGAAAGCAUUGGAGAGAGCCCAAGGAAAUGUUCCCAAAUGCGAAGAGUGCUAUGGUUUGCUUCAAUCUCUAGAAACGUUGUCGUUGUCAUAGGUUGCUCCAUCUUGGCUUUUUUCCUAAAGAAAGCUGGAUACGAUGUUCUGUCUUUAACAGGAAGUUUACCAAAUGGAUUACCUAAUGUGACUCUUCCAAAAAUUGAGGUAACUUACGAUGGAGUUCAUUAUUCUUUCAUUGAGAUGGUGAAACAACUUGGCUCUGGAAUUUUGGUAGUGCCUUUCAUAGCAGUUCUAGGAAAUGUAGCUAUAGCUAAAGCUUUUGCCAAAGGUAAGGCAAUGGAUGCUUCCCAAGAGAUGAUAGCCCUAGGUAUGUGCAAUAUAGUAGCAUCCUGUUUUGGUUCUUAUCCCAUCAAUGCAUCUUUUUCAAGAGGAGCAAUCAGUAAUGCAAGUUCUGUCAAAUCUCCUAUAUCUGGAAUAUAUACAGGUCUGUUAGUGAUAUUAUCUCUGACAUUUCUAACACCAUGUUUCUCUUACAUCCCAAAACCUACACUGUCAGCUGUGGUUAUAUGUGCCGUACUAUUCAUGGUUGAAGUAACAAUGACCAAAUUGAUUUGGAAAAUCAACAAAAUUGAUCUCAUCCCAUUCACUCUGACUCUUCUUUCUUGUUUAUUACUUGGAUUGGAGAUGGGCAUUAUAAUAGGAGUUUGCGUCGAUAUUAUUCUUCUUCUUCAUUCUAGUGCAAGGCCGAAAAUUCUAUUCGAAGUUGUUGUUGGUCAUGAUUUGGGUAAUUAUUUGAAAGUUACGCCAACCUCAGCUAUUACAUUUCCAUCUGCUGAGUAUAUCAGGGAAAGGAUUAUGAAAUGUCACAAUAGCGAGCUAGGGAAUGACCUGUAUAUGGUUGUCAUUGACUGUCAUCGGAUUCAUAAAAUAGACUUCACAGCAGGAAAGUGCCUUGGUGCCCUCUUGUCUGAUCUGAAGAACAAUAACAGGCAGGUGAUAUUUUUCCAACCUAGGUUGAAGAUAAUGAAAAUAUUGAAGAACGUGUGUCCUAAGGAAAUGUUGAUAGCUGUAACUGAAGAGGAACUUUUGUUCCAUUUGAGAAAUGCCAAAGCCGUGAUGUCGACUCUUCAAACACCUGUGGUCGAAAAAUUCAAGCGUGUGAGGGAGACCUGAAAACCUAACCUGUGAUGACAUUCCAUUCGGGGUGUCUUAGAUUGUUUUGUACCGCUAUACCAAUUGGACGUCUUAUUUAUUUACCUAUCACUAUGUUAACGUUUGUAUUUAUUUGAGUUGUCGAAUAAACGUAUGAAAUGUUGGUUUUGGUGAAAUUUUUUCGCUAUACGGAAGUCGUGCUACAUACGAGCCUGCUUAGAUCCACGCUAUUUGGGAUGUAGUUGUAAGAAAGUUGCUCGACAACUGGUUCUAUAG